GCUUCCCGUCGCUUCACGCCUCACUCUGACUGCUCGCGAGGCUGACCACUGAGAGAGACCCUCGUGUUACUCAAGAACAUUACCGACAGUUUAAAAAGAUCGGAGUACACAACAAGGAAAAAUUAGAGAAAUAUUAUUGAUGCCGAUGAAUACUAAACCGUGUAGAGCAGAAAGUGAUUGAUAUAUUUUUUUGCUAAUUCCGUAACUCGUGUACAGAUUGUUGGUGUGAGAGGAGGAGUGACGGAAACACACAGCCAUGGAGGGGAACAUGACGGAUAUGGUGCUAAGGCUGCUGCUGACGGCGAUGGAGAAGAUGGGCAAGGAUACAGACCCCGAGAUGCUGGCCAGGUUUCUUAACACUACAGACAAUAUCGACGGUGACCUAACAGAUGUACAUUCCGAAGCCUCGACGCAACAAUUCUGCCGGUUUGACUUCAAGGAGCCGUACAGGUGGUGGCACUAUCGGCUGGCGGUGAGCGUGGCGGUAACGGGCGUGGUCACCAACCUGCUCAAUGUGGUGACCCUGACGCGGCCCUGCAUGGCCACUCCCACCAACCUGCUGCUACUGGGCCUGGCCGUGGCGGACCUGCUGGUGGUGACUGAGUACAUUCCCUACGCGGCGUCCAUGCUGGUGGGCGGCGACAGUCUGGUGGAGGCGCGGGAAUACGCCCUCUACAUCAUCACUCACGCCCACUUGUCGCAGGUGUGCCACACGAUUGCUAUUUGGCUUACGGUGUCCCUGGCUCUGUGGCGGUGGGUGGUAGUGUGUCGGCCCCACGAUGCCAUCACCCUCUGCACCACACCUCGCGCCCGCCGCCUUCUCCUCGUCGUGUACUUAGCCUGCCCUGUGGUCUCCAUCCCAACGUUCUUCCUGUACACAGUGAAGGAGAUUCCAGUAUCGGAACACAACCCCUCCAAAAUAUACAUCGUCGACAUGUCUUCCAAUAAACUUCUGAAGGAGAUCACGCUGUUGGUGUACAGUGUGGUGGUGAAGCUGGUGCCAUGCCUCCUCAUAACACUCCUCAUCCCCGCCAUCAUCCGCGGCAUGUGGGUGGCUAAGAACCGGCGCCAGCGACUCCUGAGCCGCCACCACUCCUGCACUCCUGCUGCCGUGACAGUGGUUGCUACGGCAGCCGCUCCAGCCACCUGCCGCGGGACUCUGCUGCAGGAAUCAAAGAGUGACAUACAGAAGGAUCCUCAGGGCGGCGGCUCCUUAAUCAACGGGAACGUCACCGCCAAGAAAGCACCUCAGCUUCAGCGUCGAGACACUCUGGCAGCCUUCACGUCUUUCUAUGCGAAGGCGGCGCAGCUGGCGGCCUCCUCUACACCUCAGCGGCAGACGGGAGCCACCGAGCGCAGUACGAGCAUGCUACUGCUGAUGAUGGUGUUGUUCCUGCUGGCUGAGGCUCCACAGGGCGUCCUAACCGGUAUGGCGCUCUUCUAUGGCCACAAGUUUUUUAGUGACUGCUACAUCCAGUUAGGAGAUCUCAUGGACUUGCUGGCCCUCACAAACAGCUCCAUUAACUUCCUGCUCUACUGUGUCAUGUGCAAGCAGUUCUGGGACACGUUCGUUGGUCUCUGCUGCACCUUACCCCGCCGCCAGUCCAAGCAGCAGCCCCACACGGAUCCUAACUCAGCCUCCACCAAGACUUCCAAGAUAUGAGACUCGCUUUCUACUUGAUAAGAAUUGAGUUUUACGAGGAUGUUCAGCUCAGUGUCACACUGCAAUAUUUUCUGACGGUGGCGGAGGUGAAGCCCUGAUGGAGAAUGCUGAGUGACGCUGGUUUACACUUUUACAGGCGAGUUCAGUGGGAAAGCAAGGAAGAAGGGAGGUUUUAUAGUAAGGGAGGGACACGUUGAAGCUGUAGUCUGAGCCCUGCUAUGCUUCACGAAUCUUUGAACCCUUGCUGUACAUAUCUCAAGAACGUAAGGAGACUGCAAAGGAAAGGCAAGUCGAUCUACACAAGACAUCGAGGUUUUUGGGGGGAGAGAAUGUGGGAAUUCGCUAGCCUUACUGGAUGUGAAGGUAGUAGUAGCCUUAACUGACGUCUCCUUCUACCUUAAGGCAAAGUGGUGGUAGACUUUCAUGCAUAUUGACUGGAGGAUUCGGUGACGAGGCAAGGAAGAGAAAAAGAUUAGAAAGCAGUCAGCACGUGAAGAAAAACAGGACGAGGUGUGGAUGGCAGGAAAGCAAUACAUAUGAACAAUGAAGGGAUGAAAAGAAAAAAAAAGAAAAUGAAGCAAUGGAAAGAAUAAAUAGAAAAAACGAGAGCAAUUUUAAGUCCUUUGUUGUUACUUCCAUCACAGUGCCAUUAGUUCUCUCACUCGUGGCACCUCUUCAUGUGGCACUAAGACUGUGGUCCUCUUCGGUGCUAGCCUCUCAGUGGGUACCAAUGCCAGUUCGGGUUACAUGUGUGUUGGGGCAGGCAUCUAACCUCCCGCUAUUCAUUCUCACGGAAAAGAGAAAGGAACACAAAAGCGAGUCAGGCCUGUUCAGAUACUGUUGGCGGGCGGAUGGGUGCGUGUCGUGUCUUGCCCUGUGGCGCUCUCCAUCAGGCGACUCUUCCGGUGUGAGUGCACGCAGUGACGCUUUAAAUUUGCGUUAAUUGAUUUGAUUUUGUUCUGUUUUGUAUAUACUUCUCUCUCUCUCUCUCUCUCUCUCUCUCUCUCUCUCUCUCUCUCUCUCUCUCUCUCUCGAGGAAUUUUUUCUUUGUUCAGUGCAGGACGCGUUAUUCUGAUGAUGUUUAAUACUAAUAGGACCACACACACACACACACACACACACACACACACACACACACACACACACACACUAAUGUUCUGCUAUAUCAACGAGAAUGUCGGAAUGCAAAUAAACAGAAUACUUUUGU